AUGCAGACGAUCCACGAUGCCCGAGCACAAGGCAGCGAUGUCGUCGUGGUCCCGCUCUCGAUCCGCGUGCUCGCGGACCAACUGACCCCCGUGCUCGCGUACAGAAGACUGGUCAGCGCCGAUGAACGCACGGCUCCCUCGUUCCUGCUCGAAUCAGUUGAAGGCGGGACUCAUCAGGGACGACACUCCAUCCUCGGCUCAUCUCCGAUCAUCGAGCUCGUCGCGAAAGACAACGAGGUCAUGAUCCAUGAUCAUCGCGUGAAUCAAUCUGCGAGCGAGUCGUGCGAUGAUCCGCUCGCGAAGGUUCGUCAGAUCACGCAGAGCUGGGAUUUAGCAAUCCCGCAUGCCGCUCGCGAUCGCAACCUGAUCCCUGAUUGUGUGUUGGGAGGAUGGUUCGGAUACGCGGGAUACGACUCGGUCCGCUACGCCGAACCCACCAAACUCAGCACGGCACACGCGCCUGAGGACGAUCGCAAUCUCCCCGAUGUGUCGUUUGGGUUCUAUGACACACUCGUCGUGUUCGAUCAUGUCGAGAAACUCGUGCACCUUGUUCGCCUUGCGAUCAUCAAUCCCGAUUCGGAUAUCGAAUCGGUGUACAAACAAUCGAUCGACGACCUCAACGCGCUCGCUGAGAAGAUCCAGAACCACACCAAGCCGUUGGUGCUUGGAAGAGUCUCGCGUGAUCCGAGCACGAAGAACGCGCCGAUGCCCGCGAAUAUCAGCACGGAUGAUCAUGCGUCGAUGAUUGAAACAGCGCGUGAGUACAUCAAAGCAGGAGACAUCUUCCAGGUCGUGUUGGGACAUCGCUUUGAGCGCCGGACCAAUGCGGAUCCGUUUGAUGUGUAUCGAGCGCUGCGAGCUGUGAAUCCAUCGCCGUACAUGGUGUAUCUGCAAACACAGGGAUGUAUCCUGGUCGCUUCGUCUCCUGAGAUUCUCUGUCGCGUGCGCCGUGAUGAUCAGGAUCGACUGGUCGUCACAAAUCGUCCGCUCGCGGGAACGCGCCGGCGCGGACGCACAAACGAGGAAGACCUCGCGCUUGAGCGUGAGUUGCUCGCGGAUCCCAAGGAGCGCUCCGAGCAUUCGAUGCUUGUGGAUCUGGGACGCAACGAUGUGGGGCGUGUUGCUGAGCCGGGAUCGAUCAAGAUCGAAGCGCUCAUGGAGAUCGAACGCUACUCGCAUGUCAUGCACAUCUCCUCAACCGUGACUGGUCUUAUCCGAGAGGGACUCGAUUGCUGGGAUGCGCUGCGAGCAGCGCUUCCGGUGGGAACAAUCUCCGGCGCACCAAAGGUCCGCGCGAUGCAGAUCAUCGACGAACUCGAACAAGUCCGGCGAGGUCCCUACGGCGGCGGACUCGGAUGGGUCGGACUCAACUCCGAGAUGGACAUCGCGCUCGCUCUGCGCACGAUCGUCGUUCCGAUUGAUAGGAUCGAUGAAUCGAAUCCCGAUGGUCACUGGGAAUACCACAUCCAAGCCGCGGGAGGGAUCGUUGCGGAUUCCGUUCCUGAGCUGGAGUUCAAAGAGACAGUCAAUAAAGCCGCGGCUUUGGGACGAGCGAUCGACCUCGCUGAGGACGCGAGAUCGGGUCAGGCGCCGAGAUCAGAUCAUGUGAAACUCAUGGAGCGGAGCGAUCACUCAAGCGUUCUGCAUGCCGUUGGUGUGCAGUGUUUCCUUGAGCUGCUGCGAUGGCUUGAACGAGCAAGUGGUCGAUUCCGCGAUCUGGAUUGGUUGCUUGAUCGCGACUUUCUGUUCUUCCUGGAGUCCUUGCGAGAUCGAUGCGAUGACGGCUUCAAUGGCGCGUCCUGCAUCAGCCUUGCUGGUCUCGAGCUGGGAAGCGACAGAGUCGAUGAGGCGCUCGUCGUCCGGACCUACACCAAAGUCGAUCAGCAACUCCUCGAUCGAGCACCCAAUCUCAAAGUCGUCGCACGCGCCGGCGUUGGACUGGACAACAUCGAUCUCGACGCGUGCAAAUCGCGAGGGAUCCGCGUGGUCCAUACCCCGCACGCGAACGCGAUGUCUGUUGUGGAAUACACGAUCUCGAUGAUGAUGCGGGCGCUGCGUCCGAUCCAUUCGAUCACUCAAUCGCUCGAUGUAUCAUCAUGGCACCAAGCACGAGAGGACGCGAUCACUGAAGGUUCGGUUGUCGGAACGACGCUCGGUGUCAUUGGAUUGGGAUACAUCGGAUCGCGCGUGGCGCUUGCUGCGAGCGGAUUGGGGAUGCGAGUCGUGCACAACGACCUGCGCCAAAUCGAAGCGCCGUCGCAAGCGUGCUCGUUCGACGAUCUGCUCAAAGAGGCUCGAGUCGUGUGUCUUCAUGUGGACGGGCGUGCAUCCAACAAGCACUUGAUCAGCUCAGAACAGUUCACGAUGAUGCGUCCUGAUGUGGUGCUGAUCAAUGCUUCGCGUGGGUUCGUCAUCGAUCCUGUCGCGGCAGAGCGUUUCGCGGCGCAGAAUCCGGACACUCGACUCAUCUUUGAUGUCCACGAUCCCGAACCGAUCGAUCCCAACUCUGGUUUGCUCGGACUCCCCAAUGUGAUCCUGACCCCUCACAUCGCCGCGGCGACGAGACAGGCAAAGACGGCGAUGAGUUGGGUUGUGCGCGAUGUCCACGCUGUGCUCGAGGGCCAUGAACCGAUCCAUCCAGCGUGUUGA